AAUGUGGGCGGAGUAAAGUUUGGAAAACUUGGAAGUGAAGCAACGGGAUCAAGAUACAAUCCUGCUAUCGGAUUACUUAUUAUAUUAUUAAUGGUAAUGGAGACAAGUCAAUCCGUGGAAGAGAAUAUUCCAGUCCCAAACGGUAUUUUAGGGAAUACCUGACCGUUUCCUGUUAUUUUGUUUCGCCGCCAGUACUAGUAGUUGCCAAGCCAAGCCAUUGCAAAUCAUUCCCACACGGUUUUAGAGAGAGAGAGAGAGAUAGAACACGUCCCCCGUCUUUCUCUCUCCUCUCCGGUUCGUUUGCCUUUGAUCGCUUUCCGGUGAUCGGUGGAAAGAUGAACGGGAAGGCCUCCGUGUCUAAGGAGCUUAACGCCAAGCACACCAAGAUAUUGGAUGGUCUUCUUAAGCUGCCAGAAAAUAGGGAAUGUGCAGAUUGUCAGAGCAAGGCUCCACGAUGGGCAAGUGUGAACCUUGGAAUAUUUAUAUGCAUGCAAUGUUCAGGAAUACAUCGGAGUUUAGGUGUGCAUAUCUCAAAGGUACGGUCUACAAACUUGGAUACGUGGCUACCAGAGCAGGUUGCUUUUAUGCAAUCUGUGGGUAAUAAGAAGGCUAACAGUUACUGGGAAGCAGAACUGCCACCAAGUUUUGACAGAAGCGGGACUGAAAAAUUUAUCCGUGCCAAAUACCAGGAGAAAAAAUGGGCGUCAAAGAAAGCAACACAACCAGUUCCCGUGUUUGGUGAAAGGAGUUCUAAUUCUGACAAAUUGGUAGAAGAUGGAGCCAAAAAAAGGAUUCCAAAGAAAAUAAGAAGCUUUUCCCUCGAGGAAGAGAUUCUUACGAAACACAUGGCGCAAGUUGCUUGUACGACAAGAACUCGUCGGGGCUCUUUAGACAUGAGCAAGAUUAUUAUACCUCCACCAAAUGGGUCCAUGCCUGAACAUAGUACAUCCAUUCAGAAGGUUGAUGGUACUACGGAUCGCUUCAGCUUGUUCAGUGACCAAGACACAAAACAGAAUCAUUUUAUUGUACCUCCUUCCAAUUGGGCGACCUUCGAGUGAGAGGAUUGUAGAGAGAUGAACUGAUGGAAUCUAUGUCCAAGUAGUUUUGCAAUGCAGUUAACUGUGAAAAUGGAAAGGGUGAUUCUCAUUAAGGUAUGCAGUUCGAUUAUUUUUCUACAAGGCUUCUAUAGCAUUGCUUCUAUGUCUUGCAUGGAUGGGGCUAAUCCUGGUAUAUAAAAACUACACAUAUUCCCUCUUCUUAUAUGAUCCACGAGAUCAUUCCAAAAAAAUUCAGUAGACUUAAUGAAAGAGAUGAUGCAUGAUCCUAACAACAACAACGUAUGUACAUUAAGUCUCAGACCAGUAAUUCUUGGCUUGAAUGUUCUCAUCAAGAUAGGGAGAGCCCUCUUUUAACAUUCACCGGAGCCAAACAAGACACAAAUAGUUGUCAGUUAACCAAAGUUAAAGAAAAAUGAAAUGAAAUAAAUAAAUAAAUAAAUAGCCCCCAAAACUUGUAGCAAACAGUAAAAAAAGGGAAAAUUAAAGUAAAUGUUAUAGCAAUUAAUUAUGAUUCCACAUAACUGAUUUUAAGAAGAAAGCACCCUUAUUGUAUUGUCAUAUGGGUUGCCAGAUUGAAUCAUAGAAUUAC